CCUCCUUGCGACGAGAGGCACAGCGAGACGAGGACAGCAAAUUCUCACGCCUUCUUGCCACAUACAUAGACGAACACCCUCUUCCGUCAUCCUAAACCUCUCUUCUUCUCCUGAUCCGCACUCGUCCCCCUCUCUCACCCCACCACCAUGCCGCGAGGCGACGAAGACGCGGCGGCUCAGAGGAUCGUUGUCCCCUCCGAGGACCCUGUCAAGAAGUCAGAUGAUGCCGACAAGGGCAAGGGAAAGGACGCUCAGGUCAAUGGAAAGUCUGACAAGGAAACCUCGUCCAAGCCAGUCAAGGAGGAUGAGCUCAGUGAGGAGGACCUACAACUCAAGAAUGAGCUUGAGAUGCUCGUGGAGCGUCUCAACGAGGGUGACAAGAAGCUCUACAAGCCUGCUCUAGAGUCCCUUCGUACACUCAUCAGGACCAGCACAUCAUCGAUGACCUCUGUACCCAAGCCGCUGAAGUUCUUGCGCCCUCAUUACAAGGGACUGAAGGAGACCCUUGCCUCUUGGCCGUCGCAAUCAGUCUCUACGGUAGACCAAUCUCUCUUUGCGGAGAUUCUGUCAGUACUGGCCAUGACAUACGCAGACAACGGCAACCGCGAGACUCUCAAGUAUCGCAUGCAAGCAACAAAGGUCGGCGGAGCCCAAGCAGAGGACCCUGGUCUAUGGGGCAACGAAUACGUCCGUCAUCUGGCUGCAGAGAUCGGGGAGGAAUACAACUUGAGGGUGGACAAGGACGAGGACACGGCGGAACUUCUCGAGCUCGGUCUGCUACUGGUUCCCUUCAGCUUGAAGCACAAUGCAGAGGCUGAUGCAGUGGAUCUGCUACUCGAGCUCGAGGCGAUCGACAAGUUGCCACCUUAUGUAGAGCAAGAUACUUUCGCGCGAGUCUGUCUCUACAUCGUCAGCUGUGUGAACCUGCUCGUGCCGCCCGAUGACAAGAUCUUCCUCAGGACUGCCCACGAGAUCUACCGCAAGCACAACCGCUAUUCGGAGGCCCUCGUUCUUGCCUUGCGGCUAGGCGAUCGUGACAUGAUUCGAGCUGACUUUGAGGCCCCCAAAAACCCGGUGAUGAGGAAGCAGCUUGCCUUCCUGCUUGGCCGACAGCAAGUUCCAAUCGAAUGGUUGCAGUCGGAGGACGAGCCGUUGACAGAUCAGGAUCUGCUUGACUGCAUCUUCAAUACACAACUUUCUCAGCAAUUCAUCAGCUUUGGCAAAGAGCUUUCUGUGCAAGAACCUCGAAGUCUGGAAGAAAUUUACAAGAGUCACCUCGAAAACUCACGGACAACUCUCAGCUCCACUGUCGACUCUGCGAGGGGAAAUUUGGCCAGCACAUUUGUCAAUGCCUUCGUCAAUGCCGGGUUCGGUAAUGACAAGCUGAUGGUGGCAGCUGACGAAGGCAACAGCUGGAUCUACAAGAAUAAGGAUCAUGGUAUGCUGAGCGCCACUGCUAGUCUGGGCAUGAGUCUAAUGUGGGACACGGAAGGCGGCUUGAGUCACAUCGACAAAUUCACCUACUCGACGGACGAGAACAUCAAGGCGGGAGCUUUGCUCGCUUAUGGAGUUUUGCACGCCAGCGUCAGGACAGAGAUGGACGCGGCUCUUGCCUUGCUGUCGGAGCACGUCGAAAGCGAUAGCCCGCGGUCGAAGAUCUCAGCGAUUGUGGGCCUCGGUAUUGCCUACGCUGGGUCUCAUCGCGAGGACAUCAUGGGCCUUCUCAUCCAGAACAUCGCAGACGAGACGGCUCCGAUCGAGAUUGCCGCUAUGUCUGCCUUGUCCCUCGGCUUCAUUUUCGUCGGUUCGGCGCAUGGCGAGAUCACUCCUACCAUCCUGCAGUCUAUGAUGGAGCGCGAGCCAAGUACGCUCGACUCGAAGUGGACUCGCUUCAUGAUUCUGGGUCUAGCACUUCUCUUCCUCGGCCAACAAGACGAAAGCGAUGCCACAAUCGAGACCCUCAAGGCCAUUGAGCACCCCGUCUCGAAGCAGGCUCAAGUUUUGGUGGAUGUCUGCUCGUAUGCUGGAACAGGAGAUGUUCUCAAGAUCCAGAGCAUGCUGCAUCACUGUACCGAGCACGUAGGCGUGGAAAGCGAGCAAGAUAAGGAGAAAGAGGGAGAGGCUUCAGGCCCCAACGGAGCAGGCGCCGCGGGUGCAUCGGGCGGAGACGCUGCGCAGGGAGACGCAGGCAACGAUGAAGAGGCCGAGAAGGAGAACGACACCUUCCAGGGCUUCGCUGUGCUGGGCAUUGCGCUCAUCGCGAUGGGCGAGGAUGUGGGAUCAGAGAUGGUCACACGCCAUAUGUCACAUCUGAUGCACUAUGGCGAGCCUGUUAUUCGUCGAAGCGUGCCAUUGGCAUUGGCUCUGUUGAAUCCUUCAAAUCCCUCAAUGAUUCUACUGGACACCCUCUCCAAAUACUCGCACGAUUCAGAUCUAGACGUGGCCAUCAACGCCAUCUUUGCCAUGGGUCUUGUCGGUGCCGGUACCAACAAUGCUCGGCUUGCUCAACUGUUGCGAAGUCUGGCCUCAUACUACCACAAGGAGCCCGACUGCCUCUUCAUUGUGAGGAUCGCGCAGGGUCUCAUCCACAUGGGCAAAGGAACCAUCGGCCUCAACCCCUUCCACACUGAUCGUCAAUUGAUGAGCAGGACAGCCAUGUGCGGUCUACUCUCGACCCUUGUAGCCUUCACGGACUCGCGAGGCUUCAUUCUCGAGAAGGCUCACUGGAUGCUCUACUUCCUCUCCUCGGGAAUGUAUCCGCGCUUCCUCAUCACCCUUGACGAGGAGCUCAAGCCGCUGCGCACCUCGGCGCGCGUGGGUAAGGCAGUGGACAUUGUGGGCCAGGCGGGCAAGCCGCGUACCAUCUCGGGCUUCCAGACCUUUGAGACACCUCUAAGGCUGGGGACUUAUGAUCGUGCGGAGCUGGCCAACGAGGAGUACUUGUGCUAUUCGCACGUGCUAGAGGGGAGGGUGAUCUUGACCCCCAACCCGGGGUACAACAAGGAGGACUGAUGAGCGGAAGGUAAUAAGUCGGCGGAUGGCGUAGAGAUGAAGCAGCCGCAGAGGGGGCAAGAGGCUUAGAUACGGACGGCUUCUCCUGUAGUCUCUAGACGAGAGUCACGACAGAAAGCUGAAUCUGAUAAAAUGACAUUGCCAUCGGUGAGGCUGA